AUGGCUGUCCCGCGAGCAUAUGCCCCUGGCUACAUACAAAAUGGUGCUACUAGCCUUCCAUCACCUGGAGCAGCGCCUCUCCUACCCAACCAAGGCCGUAUAAUCCAGACGGGGCCCAUCCGGAUUCUCUGCAUUGCGGACGUUAGAGGAAACCUACGAUCGCUCAACGAGCUUGCGAAACAAGCUCAAGCUGACCACAUUAUCCACACUGGCGACUUUGGAUUCUACGAUCACACAUCCCUGGAACGGAUUGUGGAGAAGACCCUGAAGCACGUUGCACAGUAUUCACCACUCAUCUCUGAACCGGUCAAGAAGGCUAUUCAGCAAGGUGGACCUGGCUCCGUGAAAUCCAGAUUCUCUGCGAGCGAACUCCCCCUUUCCGAGCUCCCUCUUUUACUCAGUGGAGAGCUGAAGCUCGAUGUUCCUGUCUAUACCGUUUGGGGUGCUUGUGAGGAUGUUCGCGUUCUCGAAAAGUUCAGGUCCUCCGAGUACAAGGUUCCCAACCUCCAUAUCAUCGACGAAGCACGCUCCAUGUUGCUGGAAGUAGGUGGUGUAAAGCUCCGGCUUCUCGGUCUCGGAGGCGCCGUGGUAAUGCAUAAACUAUUCGAUAACGGAGAGGGCCGCACUACUAUUGCGGGAGGACAAGGUACAAUGUGGACGACUCUACUGCAGAUGGGAGAGCUGGUCGACACUGCCCACCGCGUCUAUGAUCCUACCGAGACUCGAGUCUUUAUCACGCAUGCCUCUCCCGCCCGAGAGGGUAUAUUGAAUCAGCUCUCUGUUACCCUAAAGGCGGACUUUUCUAUUUCAGCCGGACUCCACUUCCGAUAUGGAAGUUCUUACAAUGAAUUCAGCGUCAACCCUACACUGGAUCACUACCGUGGGAAGCUUGCCGCCUCGAAAGCCUCGUUCAACGACGUCUGGGAAACAGUUCGGGGAGAAGUCGAGCCUGCUAUCCAGCAGAACGAAGCCCAACAGAACCUACUGAAGAAUGCCCUGCAGAUAGUGGAAAAGAUGCCUACGACGGCUGCGGGUGGAAAUCCGUUUGGGGGCCCGGUUGGCCAAGGUGCUCUGGGCGCAGUUGACGAAAGCGCUUUCAAGAACAUGUGGAACUUUAACCUUGCCGAUGCAGCUUUUGGCUAUCUAGUGCUGGAGAUCCAAGAUGGACGAAUUGGAACCGAGAUGCGUGCUCAGGGAUUCAACUUUUCCCACCGGGGAGCUAAACAGCAGUCAUCUUCUGCUCCUGCACCUGCAGCAGCAGCUCCCGCCGCCCCUCCAAGCGCAACCUCUCCUGCUGCUCCCGCCGCAGCAGCCGUCAAACAAUCGCCAUCAGCUCAACAACCGAAGCCUGCUCCAGCUGCCCCCAUCUCUACGAUACCGAGCCGAUCAACCCCACAGCCUACCGCAGGGGGUGGCCCAGCUAAUAAAGAAGCUGAGAAGACAUCAGCUUCGAUUAAUGGAUCUGCAAAUGCACCUGAACCAGCCACCUCACCAGUCCCAAAGACAUCCGCAUCUGAUAUCAUUGGCCUGUUCAUUAUGAAUGUCAACACGGACGAGCAGUGCCGCGAUCUGUUUGAUGAGGCUGACAAGUCCAAGAUUCUCAAGAUUGAGAAGUGGGGUGGCUCAAACAAGGUCGUUCAAUUCAGAACGAUCGAAGACCGCGACGGAGCUAUGGGUAGACUGCCGGAAGCCGUGAAGACAAGAACCACGGAGGACCGAUCAAAACCUUUAGUAAAAAUCUUCCACCAUCGAGAAGGCAAGCCUUUCAACACCCGCGGCAAUGCUGGAACCUGGGGUGGCAGCGGACGGGGCGGAGCUGCCUCAAGCGGAUAUCGCAGUGCUGGCGGCACUAGUGAUUCUGAAAGCAACCGGCGAGGCGGCCGCGGAGGACGCGGAGGACGAGGUAGCGAGCGAGGCCGCGGUUCCCGUGGGCGAGGAGGCUUAAAGGGGGACGCGGGUGUAUCGCCCGCAGCGACUCCUGCUGCCGAUUAG